UUGCAUGUGCAAAUCUGCGCAUUUUGUUUCCGCCUCUUGGUGGAUUCUUCAGUUGGAUACACGAUCGUUUAUCAGUUGACGGCUGCCUUUGGAAAUACUUCCCUCAUGUCUGUCAUUGUAGGACGACGAUGAAUAUUUUCAGACAUUGAAGAGUUGGAUUCCGUCUUUAUAACGCUGUUAUUGUUUUGGGGAGGGACUACUGAUGAUUUCGCGUUUAAUCAUGGAACAAAGAAGAUACGAGAGACGAAGGGAGAGAGGAUAUUUGGUCGGCUGCGUGGUUGCUGUGCUUUUUUGGAGCAUGGCUUCGGCGCAAAUACGAUAUUCCAUCUCUGAGGAAGUUAACGAAGGAACUGUGGUUGGAAAUAUAGCAAAGGAUCUGGGACUGGAUAAAAGCACACUGAGAGACAGGAAGUAUCGGAUUGUUUCUAGUAAUGCCGAUCCCCUUUUCCAUGUAAAUCAGAAUGAUGGUGUCCUGUAUGUAAGCCGAAAGAUUGACAGAGAAGAGGUGUGCGCACAAACUAGUACGUGUUUAAUAAAUCUGAAAACCGUGCUAGAAAACCCUCUGGAGGUACAUUAUGUUGUAGUGGAGGUGCUGGAUAUAAACGACCAUUCUCCCAGUUUCCCAGAGAAAGAGAAACGUUUGGACAUUUUUGAGUCCGUGUUGCCUGGAGCACGAUUUCAGCUGAAACCCUCGCGGGAUCAAGACAGCGGUCAUUUCUCCGUGCAGCAAUAUAAACUCAGCCACAACGAUCAUUUCCGUUUGGAAGUUAGGGAUAAAGGAGAAGAUGGUAAAAUACCAAUAUUGGUUUUGCAGAAAUCUUUGGAUAGGGAAGCAGCAGGAAGUAACUCAUUAGUGCUGACAGCGCUGGAUGGAGGUAAACCUCCCAAAACUGGUAGUAUGAAUAUUGUAGUAAACGUUUUGGAUAUUAAUGAUAACACUCCUGUUUUCUCAAAGGAUAUUUACUCUGUUACGCUCUCUGAAAAUUCUCCAAUAGGCACAACAGUCGUACAGGUAAAUGCAACUGAUUUAGAUGAGGGUCAAAAUGGAGAAGUGUAUUACUCAUUUGGUAACAGUGUGAGUAAUCAAUUAUUUAAGCUUUUUGAUAUCAAUACAGCAACAGGCGAGAUACUUGUUAAAGGUCUGAUAGAUUAUGAAAAAAAGGACAAGUACGAAAUUGAAAUU